AUGGGCCACGUUGAGCUUCUCAGGCAAGCAAUGGGCCUUCAGCCAUGGGCCACUCCAAAUGAAGGAAAACUGAUGUGGAUAAGUCGCGAAUCUUACAUUAAUGGUGGCCUUUUCGUGGGAGCUCCUGCUCGCGCUGGCGUUGUUGCUCCUAUUGAUGUUGUUAUUCAACCUGGAAGCACAGGACUGGAUCCUGCUCUCACUUCCUUCUUUCAGGUGCUUAACAUCCCAACCAAGAUCAACAAGGGUGCAGUGGAGAUAGUUGUCCCUGUGCAGCUUGUUAAGAAGGGUGACAAAGUGGGUUCAUCUGAAGCUGCCCUUCUUGCAAAGUUGGGGAAGAAGUCAUUCUCUUAUGGUCUUGUUGUCUUGUCUGUUUCCGACAAUGGGUCGGUCUUCAGCCCUAAGGUGCUUGAUCUCACAGAUGAUGAUUUGGCGGAGAAGUUUUCUGCUGGGGUCUCUAUGAAAGCCUCUCUAUCACUGGCCAUCUCAUACCCUACACUUGCUGCUGCACUCCAUAUGUUCAUUAACGCCUGCAACAAUGUCCUCACUGUUGCGGUAGUUGCAGAGUAUUCCUUCCCACAGGCUCAGCAAGUGAAGGAAUACCUAAAGGAUCCAAGCAAGUUUGCGGUUGUUGUGGCCCCAGUUGCAGCUGCUGAUUCUGGUGCUGCCCCGGCUGAGGCUGCCAAGGAGGAAGAAUCAGUUGAGUCGUGCGAUGAGGGAUACUGUAAUUUGGGUUUGUUUGAUUCAGCUUACUAGUAUAGCAGUCUGCAGCAUGCAGAAGCAAAUACUGGAAUACUAGUUUAGUGGGUCUUCAAAAUACUUGAUUAAAAAGCAAAGUGGAAUAAACUUUCUUGAAGUAAUGAAAUAUGAAUGUGGUUAAUAUUCUAUUAGUUUUUUCAAAACUAAACAUCAUUAUAUGAUUCUCUGCCCUUAUAAUCUGGUCAUCAACCACAGGUUUAUUUUUUGUUUUCUUAAUGUGCUUUCUUUCUCUUGCAAUUGAGCACAAAAACAUUCAAUGUACAGAAAUUGAUGAGCUUG